UCCAGUUUCCAGAUCCAGUUUUCUGUUGACUUGUGUUGGGAUGGAUCGUGUUUAGUUCGUCUUAUUGCGAAUUGCUCUUUAAGGGCACAUCUUAAUAUUUUAGUGGAUAAUCUUUGUCAACAUAAAAUGUAUUAUAAUCUAACCUACUGUUAUUAUAUCGAAAUGAAAUUUGUUUUAUAGUGAAACAAUUUCGAUAAUUUGACGUAGAUUGACAACACUAUCGUUUCGCAAGUAGUUACCACGGUGUCUUAUUUGUGUACUAUUGGUGAAAAACGUUUGCUAUAUUGUCUUGUUGUGGGCUGGUCAUUGUUUACAGCCACAAUUUGUUAAUCUGUUUACAGUGUGAUAAAUAAUACGUGUAUUGUGAACGUGGUCAUUAGUAUCGACUCGUUUCUAUGUGAAUGUAAAUUGUGAUAUCGCUCGCGUUUUGUGUUUCGAUUUCGAGCCAUGCUGAUGCUUUAUACGUGUUUCUCCGGCGCUGUCUUUCGGCUGGAGUGUCUGAUUCAGCGGCAGUUCUUGAUCGCCGCUCAACAUGCUGCGACCGGAAUCACCGCUCGCUGACCACCGCAGCCUGCUGCCGCGCCGUCUUCUCCCCGUCAAGGCACAAAUCGCCCCCGCCGACAAGCGCAAGAAUAGGCGCUCGCUAGAGCUAAACCCGCCAAACGAACAUGCCCCAUAUGAUUACCCAAAGCUACUCAUAUCCAAAACAACUGACUCCCUUAACACAGAAUGCCCCCGAAAAAUCAUCCACAAGCAAGACUCCACCGAUAGCUUAAAACGUGCACUGCUCACGAAAGAUGAGAAGAAAGCAGCAAAGGAGGCCGACAAAAAGGCUGUUACAAAACAAGACUCCAGCGAGAGUCUUAAAAAAGCGUUGCUAUGUAGACAGGAGUCGAAUGAUAGUGCAAAACGAAAAGAAUCCGAUCCAAAAUGGACGCAGCGGCAAGAAGACUUAAAAAGGACAGUAGAAGUUAAGCGAGGUAGUGAUAAGAAAGGUCUAUUGGAGACAGAUUCUGAUGACACGUGUAAAAGAAUAUACGAAAGGAGGUCGGGAUGUGCUCGACCAACUUUACCACCAGUGGCGGAGAAGAGCGUGCCGUCUCAGAAUUCACCGAAUGGUAGUCCAAAGACUCCUGGGGUUGCUGCGGUCGCUGAGGGCGUGGUCAAGUGGGGCAGUGGAUUGUUGUCGCCUAAAGAGGAGCCCAGACUGAAGCCUGCUAGAAGCUGGUAUGGAUAUGGGACUCUGCCGACAGAUGGCGAUAAGAUGGGAGCAGGCGCGACGGGUCCGGGCGGGCGACGCGCUCUUGAGUUGCUACUGAGCAGUGGACUCAAGUCUCUCGCCAGGCCAGCCAGACCGGUGCGACGUGCUGCCUCACGCGACUCCGUGCUCUCACAACCCCAGCCGCUGCUUGAAGGUCUUCGUAAAUGUUCGACCGUGCUGGCACUGAGCGAACGCGAGCGUGUAGGCGAGCCGAUGCGCGCGCACAAUCGCUUGCGAGCUCCCUCCGUCUGCUCCCGAUGCUCCUCACUGUUAUCCCUUGCCGGCGCUGGUGGAUCCAGGUAUUCUCUGGACGGCGCUGGAGGUGGGUUUGUGCCGGCCGCGCCUGUCAAUUGCAAGCUGUGCCUGGAGGACACGCCUCCGGACAAGGUCACCGUCAUCCAGGGCUGCGGAUGCUCCUUCUGCACAAAGUGUAUGAAGGCAUACGUGGAGUUUGAAGUGUGCAAUGGUGCGUACGAGGUAUCGUGCCCGGAUGCAUCGUGCCGUGUGGGUGCAGCGCUCUACAUCGAUGAGAUCUCCGCCCUCCUCGACUACUCCUUGGUACAGAAGCAUCUCAGGUUCCGUCUAAACCAUGAGGUAUCAAUGGACGUGAGCCGCGCGUUCUGCCCUCGCGCCGGCUGCGAUACCGUGGUGACGGUGCGGGCCGCAAGUCCUGCGCAUUGUCCCACCUGCCGGCACGACUUCUGCUCGCAAUGCAACCAGGAGUGGCAUGGCGAUUUGUCGUGUGAGGCGGCGGCUGCGUCGUCGUCAGGUGCGGGUGCGCCGUUGCUGGCCGAGUCGGAACUCAUCAAGUUGUGCCCGAUGUGUCGUGUACCCAUUGAAAAGGAUGAAGGUUGCGCGCAAAUGAUGUGCAAACGAUGCAAGCAUGUCUUCUGCUGGUAUUGUCUGGCUUCCCUUGACGACGACUUCCUCCUGCGUCACUAUGACAAGGGCCCCUGCAAGAACAAGCUGGGACACUCGCGCGCCUCUGUUCUCUGGCAUCGCGCUCAGGUGGUGGGUAUUUUCGCGGGCUUCGGUCUGCUGUUGCUGGUGGCCAGCCCGCUGCUGCUGCUCGCUGCGCCCUGCAUCGUCUGCUGCAAGUGCAGACUAUGUAAUCCAAAUACGAAGAAUCUGGAAGAAGUAGAGGAAAUCGAGAGCAUCAGCCCGGCGCGUGACGACGACGACGAGGAGAUAACGCGUGCUACACGCUACAUCUCCGAUUGACGGAGCAAUACAUAUUGAAUGUACAAAAGACUUCGGUAAACCAUUGCUUUCAGCCUAUUUGUGAAAUUAUAUCGAUAUACGUGUCAAAUGAAAAUGGACUCAGUGUGUUUAAAAAUAAGAUCUAUUUUUAAUUGAUGUCUGUUAAAAUUUACGAUUGUUUUUCUUCAAUUGCCAUAUCUUUGUUGAAAUGAACUGUUUUAGUGAAUAAAAUUAGUUUGCGCUAAUAUUUAGAUUUAUACAAUCUUACAAAAA